AUGCCUGCGCGGAUAGCUCUUCGAGCUCGGUGGCACUCUGCCACGAGCCGGCCAUUCUCGUCUACGAGCAGUCGGCCGGCUGCCAUCGAGCUGGCGCACACCAUUCACGAGGCACCGGAUGGGCAACAUUCUCAGAAAUCGCCCAUCCUACUGAUGCAUGGACUGUUCGGUUCCCAACGCAACAAUCGCACGAUGACCAAAGACCUCUCUCGCAACGUCUACACCCUCGACCUGCGAAACCACGGCGACAGCCCUCAUGACCCUGUGCACACCUACACCGCCAUGGCCGAGGAUGUGGAAGCCUUCAUCAAGACCCAGAAGAUCAGCGCACCGAUCCUGAUUGGCCACAGUAUGGGCGCCAAAGUCGCCAUGACCCUGGCGCUCCGUCAGCCCAAGUCAUACACGGCCCUCAUCCCCGUGGACAACGCACCCCUCGACGCGGCCCUGAAAUCCGACUUCGGCGCCUACGUCAACGCUAUGAAGAAGAUCGAAGACCACCGACCACCUGUCAAGAAACAGUCCGAGGCAGCCGCUAUCCUCGCGAAGACGGAACCGAGUGUCGCAAUACAGCAAUUCCUGCUUACGAACCUCGUCAAGGCUCCCGUCUCCACCACGCAAGCAGACGGCACCACGACGGCAGAGACAGCUCUGCGCUUCCGCAUCCCACUCGGGACAUUAGCGAAAGCGCUACCAGAUCUAGCGGAUUUCCCGUUCAAGGAUCCGGAUGUGGCGCGAUACGAGGGGCCGACGUUAGUGGUGAGAGGGACGCAGAGUCACUAUGUGAGUGAUGAGAGUUUGCCGUUGAUAGGAAGGUUCUUCCCACGGUUCGAGCUGCUGGACUGCGAUUGUGGGCAUUGGGUGAUGAGUGAGAAGUUUGAGGACUUUAGGCAGGGUGUCGGCGCGUGGAUUAGGAGGGUCGUUGAUCAGGACUUGCAGGAGUAG